UGCUAAUAGAGUGAGCAUGUCUUUAAUUACUAAUUGAAGGUAAAGUGUGACAAUCGUUAUUAUUGAAGACAAUAUAAAUAUCAAGUAUGGACAUGGUCGUACCAUAUUCGAUGAAAAAUGCCUGCGCCUCCGUGUUUAUUUUGUUUAAGGAGAAUUUACUCCAACUCAAGAGCGGUCACUUGUGACAAGUGCCAACGUUGCCAUCAUAUCCGAUGUGGAAACACCGGAAUAUCGGAAGAGGUAUAUGACGAAGCGGUUCGUAAUCAGGAUGAACUGCGUUUCGUAUGUAUGAGGUGUCGUCACUACGACACCUCUGAUGAUGACAUGGAUGUAGAUGAAGUCGUCCAUGUACUGCGGGUGCCCGAUGCACCGACAGACAUUGAAGCAACUCAGGCUGCUCUGUUGUUGCACGAAGAGUCCGGAAGUGGAGAUACUAUGGACACAGUUGGAGCAGAUCACUCAACGUCAAUGUUUGACGUUAGUCGCCCAGAGCGUUUCAUGGAGUCAGAAGCAGAAGAGACUGACCUCAACGAUGAAACCGUCCACGAUGUCGUACUAGAUGGUACAUCUACGUACACUGUGGUGGAUGGUGGUUCCAAGAAAGGUUCGCGGAAGCUAGUUUCCAGUGAAGGCUAUGCGUUUGUGGUGAAGAGCACCCUGGUAUCUGGUGUGACGGAGUGGCGAUGUAGCGUCCGAGGAAAGGGAGCUGGUUGUCCGGCGGUCAUCAAGCAAACUGAGGAUGCCUUUGUGAAAGGAGCGCGGGGACACAGUCACACAGCAAAUCCCGGCCUUCUCACUUCUGUUCAGAACGCGAAAGAUAUCAAAGCGGCAGUUCGAGGUGACGUGUUCGAGAGUGCACCCGUCAUUGUCCGUCGGGUGUUGGAACCAAACGACCAAAACCUACCACCUGGUGCUCGAAUCAGUGAGCAGAAUCUGUGUAAACUCGCCAACAGGUGUCGCAAAAACAUGCGACCAACAGACCCAGUAUCCAGUAUCCAGUGCCACACAAGGGCGUUUGUGCGCGGCUUGGGACCGAAGAAAACAGGUGCAGCUGAACCUAUGAUAGCAAUAGUGGUUGCACCACUUAAUUCCAUCAUGGACGACAAGAUACAAAGCUUAAGAUCCAAAAACCUGAAAGGCUGUUAUCUGUCUUAUGAUGCCAAAGAGAUAGUGACCUUUGAUGAUAAUGAGGAUGACAUUGAGGGGCACAGUUCAGACAAAGAAACUGAAGAAAUGGUGCUUGGGGAGGUUGGGUGA